UUAUCACAGGAGCUGCGGGACACAGAAGGAGAAGCCAUGGAUUCGCAGGAGGACACACAAGAGGAGGAUGCAAAGGCACAGCUCCUGGCAGAGGCGUUUCAGAAGGAAGGACUGGAUGCUGAGUACUGGCUGCCCAAAGUGUCGCAGAUCCACGGAAUCGAGUGCAGAGAAGCCUUGCAACAUCUGGAAUAUAAAGAUUACCUCAAGCUGGAGUGUGAGGUACGGCACCCCUGGGAGAAAAAGGCGCUCCAGAAACUCCUGAAAAUAACAGAUGACAAAACAGCCUCUAAAGAGCAGCAGAAAGAGCGCUUGGAGAAGACAAAGCAAAGGCAAGAAGUGGCCAAACAAGUCCUGAAAGAUCUGACAGAAAUGCUCAACAGCCACAGCCAGGAUGCACUGAGGGAGCAAGCAGAGGCUCUGUGGCGAGCCAUGGAGAUUCCCAAAGAGUUCUGGCCAUCACCAAAGGAGCCCUUGGCGCAAAUGCUGGAGAGCAUCCAUAAGAAGCUGGAGCAGCAGCAGGAGUUGUCAGCAGACAGGAGGGAGAACAUCCCUGACACCGAGGUGCUGAGGCAGGCGUCAGGGGGACUGGCCCUGCAGGGCAUCUACAGAACCAGCAGAGCUGGAGAUGUGCUGGCAAGGCGAGAGCAGCUCCUCAGGGUUCCUGAGGAGUUCCAGCUUGCCGGGCCAGUGCAAGGAUCGGUGCUUGAGAGGAAAGAGUUCUCCUCCUCUGCUGCAGAAUCCACUUUCACCAAGUCCAUGGAGCAGCUGGGGUUCAGCAUGAGCGUUUCUUCCAAAUUUUCAUUCUGGGGGAUUAAUCUGGGACAGAAUGUAAAUCAGAGCAGUUCCUCGCAGUCCCAGGACACCCAACAGUCCCACUCUGAGCAGAGCUACUUCUGCACCACCAAGUACCAGUACAUCCCCCUGGCCUCCUGCUACUUCCAAAGGCAACAGCUUCACCUCUCCGAUGCGGCUCUGCGGGAGCUGCAAGACAUGGAGCAGAUUUUGGGCUUCACGAGGAAAGAAGACAACCCCAUUUUUCUGAAGAUGUGUGAGAGCUUCUUCAGCAGAUUUGGAUCCCACAUAAACCAGGGUCCUCUCCACUUUGGGGGGAUAUUCUGGUGGAAGGCAUACACAGAAGGAUUCCGAGCCGAGCAGCGGGAGGAGGUGAAGCGACAAACGUCUCAAGCACUGAACAGCUUUGUCGGGGCCAGCUGGGGUGGCUUUGGGGCUAGUGUAGGAGGGACUGUGGAUGUUUCCACGUCCACCUCACAAGCUUCUGUCCUGGGAAGAGCCGGAGAGAGUUCCCAUACAGCCAUUCAGCUCUACGUGGUCAACACAGGGGGCCCAGCAGACACAACUUCUCUUCCUCAGUGGAAAACGGGGCUCGUGUCUGAUAACACAACGUGGUGCGUUAUCGACCGCGGCUUUGAGCUGAUCCCAGUGUGGGAUGUCAUCCUGUGCAAUCACGGUGGGGAUUUUAAGUCUGUUGGUCAGUUGAGCGGAGCCCUCAGGGAUGCGUACAAAGCACUGACAAAUCAGAGCGAUGGCACCAUUUUUGGAGAGGAACUGGGCAGUGCAGUGCAAGAGGCCAGAGAUUUCAUGGAGACUGUGAAGGCCUGGGAGGUGACGGUGGAUGAAAAGAAGCUGCUUGUGCUGAUGGAGCUCAAAGAUGAUCUGAAUGCAAAAACCAAGAACCACAGCGUGUGGAUCAACGUGUGCCUGUCACACAAAGCCCUGCAGGACUUCCUGGUGAACAUCGUGCGGAGCUGCCAGGAGUCACCUCCAGAAAACACCACCUCUAUCAAGGUAAUGUUGAAAAUCCUCCUGGAUCCUCAUAUCUACGCUGUCAAGGACUUCCCUGAGGCUUCCUUUGUUAUGCAAUGGGUCUUCCGGACUGAGCACUCGCUUCCCAGACCUCCCAAAAUCUCUGAGCUUGAAGGCCUGAUCAAAACACUGCAGCAAAUGAAGGAGCACAUCUAUGCUGUCACCUACGCACCAGAAAGCUCUGCUUCUGCUGUUCAUGAAGCAAAGAUGAAAGCCACCCUGACCAGCAGCCUUGCCAUUUAUUCCUUACUCCAGUCUCUCCAGGAACGGGCUGAGAAGGACCUGGAACUGUUGGUGCUCUUGAUUGCCACCAGCACAGGGUACCAGGUGGAAAGCAGCAAUUUUCAGUACCUCCUUGGACACCCAGAAAUUCAGUACAUGGCCAAAGAAAUGAAAGAAGCACAUGAGGAGUACACGAACCUGAAGGAGCAAGAUGCUGACAGAGCUGAGGCCUCCCUUCUGCUGAUGGGUCUGACUGUGACACCAGAAAGUCAAAAGCUGUCCCCUGAGCAGAAGAGGGAGCGUUUAGUAUUCAUGGAAGAACACAUGAGAGACUUGUGGUCCACACAGAUAAAGAACCUCCUCCAAAAGCACAGUGCAGGCACGGACUGGGAGAUGCUGGAACGGGACUUGCAUUCCUUGGUCAGUGCGUGCUUGGAUGACAGAUGGGAUGAAGAGAAGAUCCAGAACAUACUCACAGACCUGGAAGACACUUUUCCAACACCUGAGCCACCCAGUCAGUCCCAGUCCAUCUCUGACAGCAAAGCAAAUGAAGCCAUUGCAAACCAGGAGUUCCUCCAGUUGCUCAAGCGCCUUGGACUCAAAAGUCACUACCCAAGAAAAAUGGGAAUGGAAGAUUUCCGCACCAUCUGCAAGAUAAACCUGAAGGACAGCCAGCCCAGCAAGGACAAGGAACUGCCAUUAUACUUCUUGCAAAAGCUGUUAACUGUGGAUUACCAGGUGAGGUACCUGACUUGUUGGGAAGAGAACAACCCAGGCCUUGCACCCAUGCCAGAAACCCAAGAGCAGAAGGACCAACAAACAGACUCCUUUGAAAAUUUCCUUGAUCAUUUGAUGGGAGCAGCCCCAGAACGUGCAAGCAGGGAUGGCCAUGUGCACCCCAUGGACCUGCAGAUGGCCAUUUUCCACUGUGCCGACGACUUCCUGAGACAGUCCCUUGCAACCAAGCUGGCGUUCUGCCAACUGGCACUGCCUCUGCUGCUGCCCAACCCGUGCACUUCACACAUCGAGUUCCUGCUCUACGCCCUCAGCCAAAUCCAAAGGAGCUGGAAAGAGGUGGACAGCUCAGGAAUUCAGGCCCGAACAAAGAGUUACAACAACAAACUCAUCUUCCAGGCACAGACACCCAUCGUGUCCUUCAUCCGCAUCGGCAGCUCGGCCUCCUCUUCCAAGUCUCAGCUCCUGAACGCUCUGCUGAGCAAACGCAAACACGACACUUUCUUCCACCGCCACUGCAGAGGCAGCACCAGAGAGCGGUUGCUGAUGGAAGGGGUGGUGGAGAUCGCCUGGUACUGCCCCCGUGGAAGCCCUGAUGACACCUUUGACUGCUGCGUGGCUUUCUGUAACCUGCAUGGAGACGCCAGGGAUCACGGAGCACAGCUGCAGUUCCUGCAGGACAUAUCUGCUGUCCACGUGGCUCUUGUGUCCGAUUCAGAGCACAUGGAUAACAGGGGGAAAAAGCUUCUGCAGGACCUCUGGCAGUCACAAAGGCCGUUGGUUUGUCUUCUCACAGAAAAAGAGAACAUUGCAACUGGACAAUCCAGCAAAACCAUAACAAUAGGGAUCAAGAACAGGAACGAAGCAGAAGUGAUGGUCCAGCUGACCAAAAUUAUCAGGGAUCUCCUGGAAGGGUCGAAUCCACGUUUCAGCCUGGACGCCUGCGCAGAUAAAGCUCGCCAGCACGGAUUCGUGGUGGAUGCAGAUCAACCCGCGUGUGUGACAGCCAAAACCAAGGCAAAGGAGCUGGUGGACCUUCUGAAGAAAGAGAAGCUGUCUGAGAUCAAAUCCCAGCUGCUGCCACUACAAGGAAAACUGUGGUACCAGUGGUGCAAAAAGGACAAAGAACUCACUCGCUUGCAGGAGAAGGGGAACAAGAGCAUUGAGCAUCAUCGCAGCCAAAUUGAGAACGAGAAGAAAGCAAUAAGAAGAAAGCAACUUAAGCAAGCUUUCCCUCUCAACCCGCUGAUGAAAUCAUUCCUUGGCUUUCUCCAGGCCCAGACAGCAGAUACCAAGAAAUAUUUCCUGCAGUGGAUGAAGAUCUUUAUGGACGAGCUGUCCUGUGGUCGCCUUGAAGAACUGAAGAGAGACUAUCACAAGUUAUGGACUGAAAUCCUGUCAGUAAAGAAAAGCAACAAAAAACCCAAAGCAAAUGCUCCAUUGCUGAGUCGCUUGGAUGCUGUCUCUGAUGAAAUCAACGAUUCAUCCAUCGGCCUGGAGCACCUCCUGAGAGAAGUAGGGCAGAUUUAUGAAGCUCUGGAAUUGAUGAACUCCAAGAAAGACAAUUUUGCCAAACUGCCGGAAAUUGCAGCCGAGAUUAUGGUUUCAGGCUAUCCUGUGGAGCUGAUGGAUGGGGACGCUUCUUACCUGCCCCUGCGCUGGGUGGGAGCAAUCUUUGACAGCUUGAUUGAGAGGCUGGGGGACAAACGAGUGUUUGUGCUCUCCGUGCUCGGCAUCCAGAGCACAGGCAAGUCCACCCUGCUGAAUGCCAUGUUUGGUCUGCAGUUCAACGUCAGCGCGGGGAGAUGCACCCGCGGAGCCUUCAUGCAGCUCAUCCCAGUGGGCCAGGAGCUGCAGCAAGACCUGGGCUUUGAUUUUGUGAUGGUGGUUGACACAGAGGGACUUCGUGCCAUCGAGAUGGUCAAUAAGCAGUCCUUGAACCAUGACAAUGAGUUAGCCACCUUUGUCAUUGGUGUUGGCAACUUGACCGUGAUCAAUAUCUUUGGAGAAAAUCCGUCAGAAAUGCAAGAUGUUCUCCAGAUCGCCGUGCAGGCUUUCCUGAGGAUGAAGAAAGUCAAACUUUCCCCAAGCUGCCUCUUUGUGCACCAAAAUGUGGGAGAAGCAACUGCCAAGGAGCAGAACAUGGAAGGACAAAGGCGUUUGCAACAAAAGCUGGAUGAAAUGACCGUGGUAGCUGCUCAGCAGGAGUUCUGUGACAUCUCCUCCUUCAGUGACGUCAUUGGCUUUGAUGUGAACACCCACAUUCAUUACUUUGCUCACCUGUGGGAAGGAAACCCCCCGAUGGCACCACCCAACCCCACCUACAGCCAGAACGUCCAGCAACUGAAGAGCAAAAUCCUCCAGGCUGCCGAGCAGCAGUCGCAGCGCAGCAUUUUGACGCUCUCGAGCCUGAAAGAUCGUAUUGGUGACCUCUGGAAUGCUUUGGUGAAUGAAAACUUUGUUUUCAGCUUCAAGAAUUCCCUGGAGAUUGCUGCGUACAGGAAACUGGAAAGUGCCUUCAGUCAGUGGACCUGGAGGCUGCGGAGUCACUUCUUAGAUGUACAGAUGAGACUGAACAACAAAAUUCGGAAUGGAGACUUGCAGCAUGUCACCAGAGAACACCUUAACGGGCUGGUGAAAGAGACAAGUGAUGCCAUUGAGAAAGAAAUGGAAAAGUAUUUCAGGGAAGACAAAGACCAUGAGACACUGGUCCAGUGGAAAUCAAGCACAGAGCUGAAGCUGAAAGAACUCAAAGAGACUCUUCUUCAUGAAACGAAAAAGAAAUGUGAGAAUCUUACUGAGCUACAGAAGGAGCAGAAUAAACUGGAUUCAAGGAAAUUGGAAUAUGAAGCUGAGCUCCUGAAAAGGAGUAGGGAGCUGGCUGUGACUCUGAAAGGGAAGAGCCUCAGUGACAGAGAACUGAAGGACAACUUUACUCAUGUCUGGAACAAUUGGAUUGCUGAAGUGUCCCGUGCCGCUCGUCCGCCGGAGCGGGUGGAUAUUGAUGCGGAAAUCGAAGAUGUCCUUCUAGAGCACUUUAAGGAGCCAGGUUUCCAUGCACAGAUCAGAUCAUUUCCCAAAGGCAGAGGAUUUUCUUUUGACAUGGAGAAACACAUCACAAAGAAAAAGUAUUUACGCUUUUUCCCAGAUAUCAGGAGCAUUUGCGAUGAUGAUGUGAUCAACUUUCAGCACAUCACAGACAACAUCAUAGCAUGUGUGAAGGCAAACAUUGAUAAGAAGGAACAGGAGAAACGGGAUUACAGUCGAAAUUUCAUUCAUGAAAUACUCAAUGAAGUGCAGAAAGGUGUGAACUCUAUCCCCAGCAAUGCAAAAUGUACUUUUAACAGAGAGUACAGCAUGGAUUUGUCUCUGUAUCUGUGCAAAAUGGCAGCAGAAAGGUUUAAAUCCAUGCACAAAGCAUUCCAAAAGGCAAAUGACCCAGUCGUGUACCUGAGCAACAAGAGAGAAGAUUUCUUCCAAUGUUUCCAGAUUUCCUGCCAAGGAGCCACUUCAAUCACAACUUUUACUGUUUUCCUUUGUGACAAGAUUGAACCAGCUCUUCGCCGGGCAGUCUUUGAGAGGACGGCUAAAGCCAUUUCUGCGGACAUGAAGAGCAAAUUCCCAGAUUUCAGGGGCAGCAGAGCUGACCUGGAAGUUUGCAUCCUGAGAUACCUGGCAGAACAAGAAAAUUUUGAGGAUUUCAAACAGUACCUUAAGUUUCCAAAACAGUUUUUUCAGAGUUACAUUGAGAGAAAAGUUAAGAGUUAUUGUUUAGAUGGGAGUAAGCGGCUGGGGAUGUUUUUCAAUUCCUCCCUUGAAUCUCUCUAUGGAAACAUCCUGUCAGCUGUUUCUGUAUCAACCCAAAUUGUCAAGGACAAUGUAGACAGAGAAGACAAAAUCUCUUUUUGGCUGGAUAAAUUUUGUAGUGAGCUGGCAGAGAUGAUCUACUUGCCCAGAAGUGACCUGAAGGGCAUCGAGCACCAGGAGGUCACAGACAUUGAGUUCCUGAGCAGCGCCAUGGCAAAAGCUCUGGAUGACCUGAGGGACAGGCUCCUGAAAGAAUUGGCUGAUGCUGACAUGAACUCAUUUUCAAAGCAGCCUCACACCAUCCUGGCGGAGCAUUUUUCAGGGUGCUGGGAGCAGUGUCCUUUUUGUGGGGCUGUCUGCACAAACACCAUGUGGAAUCACGAUGGAGACCAUCAGCUGGUCUUCCAUCGCCCAGAAGCUUUGACAGGAUUCAAAUGGUAUGGGACAAACAACCUGGUCAUUGAUAUUUGUUCCAGUCUUGUUGCAAGUGACUGCCGAUUCAAAUUUCCUGGUGGCUCAUGGUUCCCUUACAAAACAUACCGGGAUGCAGGACCUCCUGUUUCCACUUGGAGAAUUCUUCCCGAUUCAUCCAUGCAGGCCUACUGGAAAUGGUUUGUGUCUCGUUUCAGGACACAGCUGGAAGCUAUGUACAAUAAGAAAUUUGAGGGUAAAGGAGAAAUCCCUGAGGCGUGGCACAGAAUUACCAAGUGGGAAGCACUGGCCGAGCUGGACAGGCGUUAGGCCACA